CAUUAUUUUAAUUUAUUUUGUGAAAUAAAUUAUAUUUAAGAAGGAUUUAGAAACCGUUUUAUGUAAUUAAGUAAUUAACAAUUUGACAUAUAAACAUAAACAUAACCUCGCUAUUACGUUUCAUUUCAAAAAUGGGCCCUGUUAAAUUUCGUGCUGAAUUAACCGAUUUUAAAAUGAUUUACAACGUUUUAAAAGCAACGACAUUCAAAGAGUUUGCUCUCAUUCACCCGUUAGAAGAAGGAUUAAAAGUAACUAUUGAAGAAAUGAAAUGCAUUGAAACCUCAAUUUACUUCCCAUCAAAUCUUUUUUGCACCUAUUAUAUAGAUCCUGGUGAUGACAUCAAAUUUAAACUUAACAUAAAAGUUUUAACUGAAUGUCUUCAUGUGUUUGGAGAUGAUUCCUCACCAAGUUUAAAAUUAUCUUAUAAAGGUUAUGGAUCACCUUUAUGUUUAGUAAUAAAACACAGUGAGGAAAAUAUUUUGGUUGAUUGUGAAAUUCAAACUAUGGAUCCGGAAGACUUUUCUGAUUUAAGUUUGGCUGAAGAAUGUUCAGAAAAUAAAAUUACUAUGGAUGCUCAAUCUUUAGUGGAAGUUGUAAGCGAAAUGGAUCAAAAUUCAGAUGAAUUACAGAUACUUUUAAGUCCGGAUGUGCCUCAUUUUAGAAUGUCAGCUACCAGUGUUGGUGGUAAAACCGUACUUGAUAUUUGUGAAUACUCAGACAUAGUCACUAAAUUCGAAUGUAAAAAAACAAGACAAUUUUCUUAUGCUUUCGGUUAUAUUAGAAAUAUUUUAAAGGUUAUGAAUUUAGCCAGUAAGGUGUCUAUUUCAACAAGUGAAACGGGCCUUUUAGGAUUACAAUUAAUUAUUAAUGUUAAUAAAAAACAAAUUUUUGUGGAAUAUUAUGUAAUGGCUUUAAAUAUUUAA